CUCGGCCAGGAGCGCGGCAGACGAAAGGCGGACUCGGCCAGGGGCGGACGGCGGCGCCCAGCCCGUUCCGGACAAGGGCUCCGCGCUCCUCGCCCUGCUCGGUCCUGCUCUGCCAGAGCUCGUAGGGGACCGGGCAAAGAGAAACCUUCUCUGCGUUGCAAGCAUCGAGCUUAACAGCGGAGGCUUGGCGUUUUCGUGGCACUUGAGGGCAUUUAAGGUCGGAGCUGGUUUAUCCUGCAGAGAGUCUAGUUGUGAGUGAAGAGUCCAGUUAGAGACUGGGACCACCUCAGUUUUCCUGCAUCACAUCCCCUGGCCUUUUGCUGUGAAGAGUGAUUCUGUAGCUACGAUGGUGAGGUCACACCACACUUGGCUGAGGUGAGCUCUCCUGGAGGUGGGGCCGUGCAGUGCUGCAGAUGGGCCAGGCAGCUGGUGGCCUGGGGAUUUUGGAGUGAUCACUGAUGGGCAAAGCAUUUGGGUUCCUGAGGACAACCUGCCAGUCAGUCCUGGCUGCGUCUCAGCCUUUCGCAGCAGAACCUGUUGAGAAGAAGGAAGAGGACGGCAGCAUGAAGAGGGACAGGGAGCAGCCAAAAGAACACCCCAGUGCCUGGAACCGUCCUCACGGUCUGGUUGGUUUACAUAACCUUGGACAGACCUGCUGCCUUAACUCUCUGAUUCAGUUAUUCAUAAUGAAUGUGAACUUCACCAAGAUACUGAAGAGGAUAACGGUGCCCAGGGGAGUUGAAGAGCAGAAGAGAAGUGUCCCCUUCCAAUUGCUUUUGCUGCUAGAGAAAAUGCAGGACAGCCGGUGGAAAGCAGUGCAGCCCCUGGAGCUCGCCUACUGCCUCCAGAAGUACAGAGUGCCCUUGUUUGUCCAGCAUGAUGCUGCUCAACUCUAUCUCAUAGUGUGGAACCUGAUUAAGGACCAAAUCACCGAUGUGGACUUGGUGGAGAGGCUGCAGGCCUUGUAUACUAUCCAGAUGAAAGAGACCUUGGUUUGCCUUGACUGUUCCAUGGAGAGUAGCAGAAACAGUAAAAUGCUAACCCUUCCUCUUUCUCUUUUUGAUAUAGACUCAAAGCCUCUGAAAAAACUGGAGGAUGCCCUGCAGUGUUUCUUCCAGCCCAAGGAGUUAUCAGCCCAAAGCAAGUGCUUCUGUCAGAACUGUGGGAAGAAGACCUGUGGGAAACAGGUCUUGAAGCUGAACCAUUUGCCCCAGACCUUGACAAUCCAUCUGUUACGGUUCUCUAUCAGAAACUCGAAGACAGAAAAGAUCUGCCAUUCACUGUGUUUCCCCCAAAGCUUGGACUUCAGUCAGGUUGUUCCGAUUGAGCAAGACCUCUGCAAUGCUGAGGACCGGCCUGAAGGCCAGUAUGAACUCUUUGCUGUGAUUGCCCAUGUGGGAAUGGCUGACUUUGGUCAUUACUGUGCCUAUAUCCGGAAUUCAGUGGAUGGGAAAUGGUUUUGCUUCAACGAUUCCAGUGUCUGUUUGGUAUCCUGGGACGACAUCCGCUGUACGUAUGGGAAUCGUAACUACCGCUGGAACGAAACUGCAUAUAUUCUGGUUUAUAUGAAGUUGGAGUCCUAAUGGGUGUACUCUAAACCUUCACAGACAAACCAUCAUUUUCCUUUACUAUCUCUGGAUCUGCUGACUCUUCUAAGAAAUUUUGCAAUGAGGAAAAAUAAAGAUUUCAAACUGUAUCAUUAAACUUUAUUUAUAAUCUAGGGUGGCUAUCCAAAUAUGUAACAAUGAAACGGUACAGUUCCUAAUUGGAAUGGAUACUCCUACCCUGGCUGGAGGAGGGUCCUGGGUGCUCCUUGCUGUUCAAGGUAUUAACCCCUUAGUUGGGAAAUUGUGGAAGUCCGGGUGCUCCCAGGUGAGGAGAGACCAGGUCAGCAGUGGUAGUGGAAGGCAUUCGGAUGGCAAGGGGCAGUGGUUGUGAAGUUAUUUCCAGGGGCAGUAGUGGUAUGGCCAUCCUGGUGUGUACUGGCUGAAUAUCAGUCCCGUUUAUAAUGUUCUAUCUUUAGAACCUAUAUUAAUUUCUUAAAACUCAAUUGCUGUGAUAUUGUUAUUCAUUUAUUUAACAAGUGUUUAUUGAUCACUCACUCUCCAUAUGACUGUGCCAGAUAAUGAUGAAUAAAGUUCUUUCCUUCAAAAGACGUUUUCAGUUUAAU